CCUUCCCCAUAAGGCCCCGCCCACAAUUAAGAUGGCGGCAGCGUUGGCCCGUUCGUUGUUUGUGAGCCGAGGCGGGCGGCUCUUCCAAUGCCUCGGGGUCCGUCUAGGCCUCGGGGCGCCUCCCCGGCUGCCCUCCUUCCUCGCCCGGAGCCUCCGCUGGAGAAGCGCCAGCAGCGAAGAAGGAAAAGAGGCCAUUAAGUUGGCUUCGGCGGCGCACUACAGGCUGAUUUACACGUGUAAGGUGUGUGGGACCCGGUCGGCAAAAACCAUUUCGAAGACAGCCUACCACAAUGGGGUUGUGAUAGUGACAUGCACAGGGUGCCAAAACCACCAUGUGAUUGCCGACAACCUGGGCUGGUUCUCCGACUUGGCCGGGAAACGGAACAUUGAAGAGAUCCUUGCAGCCAAAGGGGAGAAGGUGAAGCGUGUGGUUGGUGAAGAUGCCCUAGAACUCUUACUGCAAGACCCCGAAGUAGCAGAACCCCCAAGCCAAUGCCUCGAAGAAGGUGGAGAAAAAGACCCUAAAUGACUGUGGAUUGCACUACUCUAUUUUGGAUCAAAGAUUAAAAAAUGCCUAGUGGUCACCUCUCAUUUCAACAGAGACAUUUUUGACGAACGUUACCUCAGAUUAAUGUGCCCCAACCCACCUUUUGAUUUGCUGUUUCCUGAUAGAAGCCUUUUCCUGCUGCCAAAGAUGAAGACAACAGUAAAUGAAUCUACUAGCCAACGUUGGACAGAGAUACAGUUAUGAAAGCUUGAGAAGCAGUGGGAAGGACAGCUGGCAACUAAGCACAUAUUUAAGCAAAACAACAUUUGCCUCAGUUACCAAUUACUGUCCUUUGUUCGGAAUGAAAACUGAGGAGUUCCCUCGGCACAAAAUGCAAAUUUGAAGGGGUAGAGGCACAACUAGGCCUGACAGAGCAGAGCAGCCUUCUUGCAGCCAUGCUUCCUUCCAGUUCACCAAUGCAAGCCUUUUGCUUCCUAAAUGAGACACUCUUCCUAUCAUCAUACGGUUUGCCCUGUUGGCGCCAAUGAAAGGGGGUCCAGCAGGAUCUGGUUAGAUUCCUCUUGGCAGAAUUUAUGUCAUUUCUCUCCUGCAUCCUCAGAGGUAUAUUUCCCUCGAUCGUGGAGGCACUGUUCACACCUACAGUGGCUGAUGACUACCCAUAGAUAGAUGCUCCCCCAAUAUUUCUUCAUCUCCCUUUCUAAGCUUAGUGGCCAUCGGCAGGGUGAGCCUCUCUUUUGACAUCUUCCUUGCUCUCAAGAUGGGCCUUCUCAAUUAAUGUGCAGAGAGAAGACCACCAUCUUCUCCAAAAGGCCCACACUGCUCUUGUUCUGUUGUCAUGGAGGCACCUACAAGGUAAGACACAGGGACAGUCUUGUCCCCUCUGCUCCCCCCUCCGCAUUUUUUCUCCAAGGUAAAGAGGCGCACAAGGGAGAAGCUGCUCCCGGGACAAAGUGAGAGCAUCAGGAUACAGUUCUUCAGUGGCUGACGCUCCAAAUCCCACCCUUCCGGUGCUGGUGUCUUAGCUGAAGCUGGGCCUCUGCUGCUGAUCCGACGGCUGUUCAUCUACCUGCUGUUGCUGCUGCUCUUCCUCCUCCUCUUCUUCCUCUGCCUCCUCCUGGGCAGAAGCCAGGUCCACCCUCUGCUCAUCCAUGCGCUUUGCUUGGACCCGUUGGAUGAGGCUGAAGAAGUCCUCAUCUGGCACAGUGGGGCCACGGGGGAGGGAGUUGGGUGGAGCACACCGCUGGUCAUCAAUGCGGGAGGACUAUAGAGGAACCAAAUAAAGGUGGGGGAAAGGAAACAAUGAAUGGAGUCUGUUUGGAAAGACAGGAACAGAGUAGAAGAACAUUUUUUCCUUCUGAAUGUGGACUCUGAGUGAGAGAAAGCAGCCAUGCUGAUGUGUUUUACACCCAAAAUACAAUUACAGUGGCAUCCCAAGACUGAGACAUUUUAGCUGGAAUUCAGUGGGGACAUCUUCACAUGCAAGUGUUCCUUACGUGUGCAGAUGCCGUCUUUUGGGCACUGCACAGGGAGGAAGGAAAUGCCAACCCCUGCAACUCCCCAAAUACGUCACCUUCACAUGUAAGAAACACUUUCAUGUGUGGAUGUUCCUAACAUCCACCCCUGACUCUCUAAAGCCAUCUCAUACAGCUCUGCAUAGCCAAGACAUGUAUGGGGUAAAUAGGGACUCCCUUCCCUGGCACACAAAGACCAUUCUGUUUAAGCAGGCUUUUAAUAUGCAUUGCUCUUAACGAGGCUUCUUACCAUGGUUUGUGCUUUGUUUCUUUUUUAAAAAACCUGUGUCUUUCAAAAAUAAUUGUCUCCUGUUUUAAAAUGAGAUGAUUUAACUUUUAAAAUUUGUAUUGUUAUGAUUUCCUCUGUGAGCCACCUUGGGUUCCA